AUGGGUAUCGUUCGCACCGCGCUCAAGGUUGAUGUAAACACACCUGCUGCGAAGCAGCCGUAUCUACACAACCGCUGGCACCCCGAUGUCCCCUUCUGCGGCACCAUCCACAACAACGAAACCGUCAAAAUCGAAUGCCUCGACUGGACAGGCGGCCAGAUUGGCAACAACGACUCAGCCGACGACGUGCUAAACGUCGAUCUCACCAAAGUGCACUACCUCUCGGGCCCCUUCGAAAUCGAGGGUGCCGAACCGGGUGAUGUACUCUGCGUCGAAAUCCAGGAUGUGCAGCCCUUUGAAGAUCAGCCGUGGGGGUUCUCGGGUGUCUUUCAUAAGGAGAAUGGGGGUGGGUUUUUGGAUGAGAUUUAUCCUCAUGCGGCAAAAGCAAUUUGGGAUUUUGAGGGUAUACACUGCACAUCCCGGCACAUCCCUGGCGUCAAAUUUGCAGGUCUGAUUCAUCCCGGUAUCCUGGGCUGUGCACCUUCCGCCGAGAUCCUCGCAGAAUGGAAUCGUCGUGAAGCCGAACUCAUCUCCGAGAAGGCUGCUGGCGGUACAACACGAACAGUCGCGAACCCUCCCCUGACGACAAACGCGCAUGCCGGUGCGGCAGACGAAGCCACCGCAGCAAAGGUUGCAGCAGAGGGAGCGCGCACGGUGCCCGGAAGACCGGAACAUGGCGUCAUGAAAGACGGACAGAAACAACUCGGUAUGGUUAAUGGAAAGUCUCCGAUUUUCAUCCCUGGGCCUGUCCAACCGCAAUUCGGCCCUGGGCGAAUGCUAUAUUUUGAGGGCUUCUCCGUCGACGAAAACGGCAAACAGCACUUCCUAGACGCCACCGUCGCCUAUCGUCAAAGCUGUCUUCGCAUCAUUGAGUAUUUGCGGCGAUACGGGUAUGACGAUUAUCAGAUUUAUUUGCUGUUGAGUGCGGCGCCUGUGGAGGGACAUAUUGCUGGUAUUGUAGAUAUUCCUAAUGCAUGCACCACUAUUGGUCUGCCCAUGGAUAUCUUUGACAUAGAUAUCAGGCCCGAGACCCCAGCUACAAAGCUUGAUAUAGCUCGGGCUCCUGUGUCAACGAAGUGA